CUGCCGGGCACGCCCCCCCACCAACUCAGAGUAAAUAGUGAUGGCCGAGAGCAGAAGAACCAGCCAACUCCCAGAACGCGUAGGACCCACCCCUGCUCCCUGUUCAACCAAACGAGUGAACCUACCGUUUCCGCGCGGCAGCCAUCACCAUUACCAAGCUGGCUGCCUGCCUCUCUCUCUUCCCCGUUUUUUCAUCGCCGUUUCGUUUUUCUCUCUGAUCUUUUUUUCCUUCUUUCCCUCUCCCCCAUUUUCUCCUCCUGCCCGAUUGACUUCUCAGCAAGUCGUGGGGCCUUUUCACCGAAUUUCGGAAGGAUCGGGAUUCCCCCCAGAUGCACAGAUCGCCUGCAGGGUUCCCCGCCGGCGCGACCGAGUUUUUUGACUGCCAAUUGGGUGCCAAGUUGAAGCUCGCGAGUUAGGGAAAGCGGAAAAAAGAGAGAAGAAAAGAAAAAGGAAAAGUAAAAGGAAAAAUGGGUGCUUGUGCUUCGGCAAGGAGAAAAGGGUGUGUCGUAUUCCCUUUCCCUUCCAAGAGGAAGGUCGAGGAGAAGAGGAAGAGCGACAAUGGAGAAGGUGGGAGGCGGAGGAGGAAAUCCCGGAGACGGAUUAUCAAGCGGCGUGUCUCCUCUCGCAAGGUUGAAACCCUCGAUCCUACCCGCCAAACCGAUCGGACUUUCUCUAAUCCUGUGUUUCAAGGAAGCAUGGAUGGUACUUGGUGUGAUGCCACCUCUGAGCUUGAAUCUGAAUGGGAUGACGAGUUUUAUAGCGUUUAUGAAGAUGGGUACUCUGUCGUCGACUCUAAUGACAAUGGUUCUAGCCUAAGUGGUCCGCCUCAUGAUAGCAUAGCUGUCGAUUCCGCUCGAGAUGUCUCUCGUGGAAGCGGUAAUGAGCAGCCCAAGCACACGCAUUCUUCUUCGAGACUGAAUGAUGCUACUCAAAGGGAAGCGAAUCCUGCUGCUGGAGAGGAAGUUUCAAGUGUGAGUAUUGUGGCUGAUAAUCAUUGUGGGAUUCUACAAAAUGCUUGCUUGCCUUGUAUUCCUUCAAAUGGUCCUACGGUGGAAAAGAAGAAAUCGAUGAAUUCUGAUACUGCUAGCUCAAAGAAAAAACCUAUGCUUAGACUUUCAUUUAAAUGGAAGGAAGACCCUGUGCCUACAUUAUUUUCUCCAAAAGGACUUUCCCAGAGGCCAGUUGCUGGUUCUACUUUUCCUCACUGCCCCAUUGAUAAGAAGAUUUCAGGUUGUUGGUCUCCUCUUGAGCCAAGUAGUUUCAAAGUACGGGGAAGGAACUACCUCCGGGACAAGAAGAAAGAGCCUGCACCAGAAUGUGUUGCAUUUCACCCUUUUGCUGCCGACAUCUUCUUAUCCGAGAGAAAAAUUCCUCAUAUUGCUAGAUAUGUUGAACUCCCAACGCUUAGUGCCUAUGAUGAAGUCCCAGCUGUUCUUGUUGUUAAUGUUCAGGUACCAUUAUAUCCUGCCUCAAUUCUGCACGGUGAAAGUGACGGAGAAGGAAUGAAUUUGGUUAUGUAUUUUAAGCUGUCUGAGAGUUACUCAAAAGAGCUCCCCACUCAUUUCCGGGAAAAUAUUAUGAUUCAGCUGCUAAUUUACUUUUCUGAUGGAUUUUCCUCUCUUCUGCAGAAACUCAUUAAUGAUGAGGUUGAACGGGUCAAAGGUUUCCCUCUCGAUACAAUUGCACCAUUUAGGGAAAGAUUGAAAAUUUUGGGCAGACUUGCAAAUGUCAAUGACCUUCAGUUAAGUGCUACCGAGAAGAAGCUCAUGAAUGCUUACAAUGAGAAACCUGUUCUAUCACGGCCUCAGCACGAAUUUUACUUGGGAGAGAACUACUUUGAGAUUGAUUUGGAUAUGCACAGAUUCAGCUACAUCUCUCGGAAAGGUUUUGAAACAUUCAAUAACAGAUUGAAGUACUGCAUAAUGGACUUUGGCCUGACAAUUCAGGGACACAAGGCAGAAGACUUGCCUGAACAUAUUCUGUGUUGUAUGCGCCUAAACAACAUUGACCAUACUAAGUACAGCCAGCUCGGAUGUUGACUUGAGACUCACUUCGGGAAAAUGGGUUCAUUUCAUCGAUUUCGCCCCCAAACAACGGUCUAAUAUGCAGCGGAGAGAUUAAGGUUUUGGAUCUUGGGGCGCCCAUUCAUCUGUACAGAGUUCUGAUGAUUCAAGUGUUGUACAGGUCCCCAAUGAAGAGAAAAGAAAAGUUCAUCGCCGCCAUGAUUCAAGUCAUAGUGCUUAGAGAUAUGUCAAUUCUGCUAUCUGUGUCUUUUGAGAUGUGGAAAUCAGAUGUAUAGCCCUUGACCGAUGUAAGUUUGGUUGCCUGUCGGGCUGAUAAGUUCAGUUAUAUGUUGCAGAGCUCUUAUUCGGAAAGGCUGAUUUUCAGCCCCGAGACCGAGAAAGUAUGGGACUAUUGGUUAAUGAAGAGGAUAAAGCGAGUGUCAAUUGUCGAGUUCUUUAGCAUCUGUAUAUUGGGAUUCUUUCGUUCUUUACCAGAAUAUGGUUUUGCAGAAGUGGUUGAAAUAAAAGAUGCCAAAGAAGUACAACCAAGUUCCUCUGAAUUUUAGUUGGUUC